AUGCCAAAACUCAUAUCCUCGCUGCUCGUCUGUCUGCUUGUCCUGGCACAGCCCUGCCUGGGCGCGGACCCGACAAAGUUCUGCAAGUGCACAUGCGGCCAGAACUCGACCAUUAUAGAGAUGACCAAGUUUGCUCUAUCGCACCUGCCGCACGCCUCGCAGCCCAUCGAUACCGACACGCUGAUGCCCAGCGUGUGCAUGAACUGCACGCGCCUGCUGUGCGGGAUUGCGGAGCCCGACCUGUGCGAUGGCGCUGCCGUCGACGAGGAGAUCGUGCCGUUGUGUUUCCAGCGCGACUCGCUGCAGGACCAGCUGAUUGUCAACGGCUUCCUGCUGCUGGUCAUUGGGCUGCUGGCGUGGACAGCGAUGCGGGACCGCGUCAAGCCCUUGGUGGACCGCGUGUGGAACCAGUACGGUCUUGGAUAUACACAACCCAACUAG